AUGUCACUUAUUGAAAUAGUUAAUUCAUCCACUACAAAGAGACAUGAUCUGCUUAAUUGGGUUACCUUAAAAAUUCAAAUAGCGGUUCAAUUCGAAUCGACAGAUGAUGGGUCAGCACAAAUGAAGAUUGCAGCAGAUAUAGCAGAUCAGAUUUGUCUCUUUAUUAGGUACCUUUCAGAUCUGGAAGAUUUAAGUGUCAUAGAAUCCCAUUUUAUUUGGAUGAGAUUGUCUCAAUUGCAUCUGAUCUGCUUGAAACACUUGGAAAAGGAACAAUCAGAGAAAAUCUUUGAUUCAGCAGAAUUAAUGAUAAAAGUUCUGUCUGAGGACGAUGUGUCUAUAGAUAAUGAGAACAAAGAGAAUGGAGAGGAUAGGAAGAAGAGGAAAAAGCCAAGCAAGAAAAAAAUGUACAGAUAUUCGGCGGCGAAGGAAGUUGCUUGUAUUGUACUGAUCCAGCUUUUCGAAGUCUUCGGUAACCAAUUUUCGUCCCUAGUUCCUCUUUUAUUUGGUACAAUAUUUAAGAACUUGAAAAAAGUGUUGGAGAAAAGUAAAUAUAUGCAUGCCACAUUCAUGACUUCCCUGAUACAACUUGUCAAUGUAAUGGUUAGAAAUGGCAAUCAGGCAGAAUUUUUCACGAAUUACUUUUCAAAAUUCUCUAAAAUUUCGAAAAACAUGUUCGAAGGAUUUUAUUCAGAUAAACUCGAUUUUCCUGUAAAUUUUGUGUCUGCUGUUAUGGAACUGUGGUCAAUGCACUUUAGAGAGGAGUCUUUCAUUAAAAGUCACGUUACAGAUCUAUCUGCUGCCAUUUAUAUGAGAUAUUCAGAAGGAGAAUUAGGCUCUUAUGGUUUCACUAAUGAUAGAACGCGACCCAGUACCGCAAAAUCACUUGCUGAAAUACUUUUUGAUUAUUACUAUGUCAAGAAAAUCAUUUCUUUGAAAGAAAUAUGGACCCUUUAUGCAAGGAUUUUUAAAAACUGUGCCUCAAGAGACAUACAAGUGGGUACAUUUGAGUCAAUAAUACAUUUUUAUGGAUUAUGUUCGACAACUGAUUGUACGUUUCUUGAUGGGUCUAGUUAUCUCGUGGCUUUCAGAACAUUGGCCCUUGAGGUUUUUGAUACUGAUGAGAUCAAAAAUGAAGGUAUGCAUAUACUCUACAGGAUUCUCAGAUAUUUUGACCUUAUGCACGAUAUCUUGCUACCCAGAAUUGGCGACUCUUCCAGGACGCAAAUGCUUUUCAACAUUAUGGGAUCAGAAAAUGAAGAAAAAACAUCUGAAUGUGCAGGAAAUGUGCUCUUUGUUAAUUCCAAGCCAGACAGUCAAUGGUUUAACAUAGCACAAUUAGGGCUCGCAAAGCGCUUAUUAUUAGAGCUUUCUUCCUCUUUUGGAAAUGAACAACACCACAUUAGUCAGAUCAAAAGAAAGUUGACUGAAUUGAGUACAUGCGACGUAUUUUGCAUCCGUAUCCAUGCGAAUGAAGCAUUGAAAGUUUUUUUAACCAACUUUCCGGAAUUAAUAUCAGAAACAAUUGAAUCUUCUCUUGAUUCUUUGCAACAAAGUUUUAAGCAACUUGAAAAGUAUCCAUUCGCUGUAAAUCAUGGACAUGCCCUGAUUAUUGCGAGCAUGAUAGAAAAGUCAGACAAAGAUUAUGUUUCAUACGAGCUAGUGAUGAGGAUAACUAUUUUUGCCACCUCUUUCAUAAAGAACCACACUACAUCCACUUCAUCCAUUCUAUACUAUAAGGGCUUGAUAUGCUGGAUACUUCUAAUUGGUCUUGUAAAUUAUAAUGAUGAGCAAUAUCUGGCGAUGCAGUCAUCACAGCUUUUUUUGUUUUGGAAAGUACUCCUUACACAUACUUUUGGAUAUCGUGAGGAGGAUGAGUUGUAUAGAAAUCUAGAAAUAAGAAAUCAUGCACUUACCUGCCUGCUCACAUACCUAGGUAACUCAAAAAUGGAUAAGGAGGUAGCCAAGCAAAUUUCAUAUUUACUGAUAAAAUGCUCUAAUUUUAACCACUCCAUUAACCUCAAAUCUACUAAUAUAGACAAGGCACUCCUCAUAAACGAGCACCGUAUCCUUCAAAUAUAUUUGCGAUUGCAUGAAUUCAUCAAAAGAGAUUUUAACAGUUCGCUGCUGAUCCUAAUUGUAAAAAAUUUCUCUGACCCCAAUCUUUAUAUCGAAGCAUCACAAUCAAUGUUGGACAAUAUAAUAGGUGUGACCGAGAAAAAUACUUCUUUGAAGGAAGCAUCCAGGGAAGAAAGUUUUCUGGAAAAUACGGUGGAAACUGUCUUACAUUUGAAUGAUGGAUUCGCUUUUGGAAUAUCCAGUAAGAUAGCUCUCUCUGAAAUUCAAGAGCUUAGUAUUAAAAUCCCUCAGAGGUGUGACAGGGAAACGAGUGGAGCUUUACCUUCAAAGAAGGACUCUUGGUACCAUCCAUUGGAAAGGGAAAUAACGAAACCAAUAACACCAAUAUUAUCUCUCGACUAUUUAAUUAUGCUCUAUGGGCGCGGCCAUUAUACGGCUAAGGAUGAAUACUCUCCAAAAAUCACAACCUCGCUUGUUGAUUCUUCCAUGGAAAUCUUUUCUCUCACCUUUCCUUAUAUAAAUGGAAAGAUACAGUACUCUGUGAUAGAAAGUUUGAAUGUGUCAUUGUUUUCAAAACUGACAACUCCACUUAGAAAUGUAGCCGUCGCCGCGAACGUUUGUGUUGCGAUCAACAGUGCACUGAAUAUUAUUGUCGAGAAAGAGCUUGGUAUUGAUGUGUCCGUCGGUCAACUUCUAAUUGAUUCGCUCAAGAAAAUUGAGUAUUAUAAAGAUUCUUACUUAACAAGGAUCAAGGCUGACUGUGUUGGGUUAAUAUGCAUGGCAGUAAGUUGUGGGGAAGCAGGCUCAGAAAGAAUGGAAUUUGUAUCUACUCAGAUCAGAAUUCUUGUUAAAAACGUUGUUGAUAUAGAGGAGCCAUACAAGCGAGUUCUCUAUGCUCUUUCUCUGGUUUCGAUAUACAGGUAUAAUGCACAAAAUUCUUCAUUCAGCGCAAUAUAUGAAGUUAUAUUUGCUUUGAUUCAAGACCCCCACCCUGUUGUUCACGUUUGGUCGCUAAAAGCUAUGCAUAUUUUGUUGGAGAGACAUUUUUCUAUAGACACAUCAACAGCUGCUAGAUUAUUGGGGACCGUUGAAUCUGUUACUUCAGACCCUUCUUAUGGAAUUUACUGUUCUUCAAUUCUGCAGCAUAACUACAAUAACCAGUUUAAUUCUCACAUCGUCGUGGGCCAGAUAACAGAGACAUUGACAGAAAUACUCGGGCCUAACAUAAUUGAGCUUGAUGAAAGUUCCUUAUGCUCGUAUAGAAAUCUCGUCAUUGCUGGUCUAACUUCUAACGAUUUAACUGCUCAAAAUAUUAGUCUUUCAAUUUUUGAAAUGUUAGCAACUUUUAAGCUCAAGGGUAUUGUGGCUGAUGAGGUUUUCAUGGCCUGCGCGAAGUCUAUGAUUGAUGAUGCUAUAGUUACUGUAUUUGGUUCUUCAUACGUGAAUUGCAGAUUUACUGGUAGCACUGAAAUUUUCUCUAACGAUUCAAGUCUGUCGUCGUCUGUUCAUUGCUUUGGUUUAUUUACGGAAUUGAUAAGAUUACAAAGAGAAAGCUUGAUAACACGAGAUAUAGAUAUUGCUAGUUGGAGAUAUCUGGACUUGUAUCCGACUUCAGAAGCUGUCAUUGGUUUUUUAUUUACGUGGAUAGAACAAAGCUGUGAAUUGAACGAAAGAUGGUUCGAUAAGCUGUAUCUUUUUUUUAAUAUGGGUGAAAGAAAGCUCUUUAGCUCAUUAUACAAAGAAUUCAGUUCUAUAUUACAAAGGAAGGGAAUCAGAAAAACGGCUGAAAAAGAAAUUCGUGGAGAAGAGGAAAAGGCCAUUGCGGACUCGGAUACCAAUAUUUCCUCGGUACAUGUUGACUUUUCAUCAGAUAGUAUUCAUUGGGGAGCAAAAAAAGCAGUUCUUGCUUUUAUCAAACUUUUGUGCAUCAAAUCUCAGAAAAAAAGAUCAUUAUUCAAUUUGUUGAGUAAGAGACUACCUGAAUUAAUUAAAAUUUCUUUUCAAGCGUCCGUCAGUAAAGUAGUUUCCAUGCAAUUACUGGGCUUGGAAAUUUUAAGCCUACUUCUCAAGCAGUGGGCCAAAGUGAGUGACCCAGAGAACCCGAACAAUUCGAUUUUGGGGAUAGAAGAGGCUCAGAUUACUAGUGCGUUGAUGCCCGCAUUUGAUGCUGAAAGUGCACCAGACGUGGUCGUUUCUGCCAUUAAUGUUUGUGCAGAAUUCUUGUCAUCAAACAUAGCACCGCUUGAAAGAGCUAAUCGUGUUUCUCAUAUAAUGGUAAACUUUUUAGAAGUUUACAAUAAUAAAAGUUCCUCGAUCAAAAUUGGAGAUACCCAUAUACUAACUCAGAAGGCAAAGCGGAAGAUAGAGUUGGCAGUCUUGGAUGGAUGGUCUAAGCUUGUUCAAAAUGCCCUUGUGCAGCAAAAUGAAAAACUAAUAGAGUUCACGAGGAGAUACUGGGAAAUUCUUGUUCCCCUAUGGAUCAUCUCUUUACGAGAAUACGUAAUGGUGAAAUACGAAAAAAUUGAAAUUGAGAUGGGGCUUCAUGAGGACUGCAAAAGCUCGUUAUAUGAAUCUCGGAGUACGAAGAUAGAACUUUAUGACGGCAUUUGGCUGAAUUUUGCAAUUGCUCUAGGUUCGAUUCUUGAGAAUGAUAGUUUUCUCAUUUCAAGUUGUCUGAACGAGGAAGAAGCGGACAGUUUCAUGUUCGUAUUACUUACUCAGUGUUUUGAGGAUAUAGCUAAGCAUCUUGAUGACCACGAAAUUAAAAUGAAAGUUUUACCGGCCAUGCAUAAUAUAUUGAAAUGCCAUAUCUCUUUUGAUAAUAUAUUUGAAGAUGAUGCUAACGCGGAGAUUGUUGGAAUUCUUGACCGUUUGAUUGUCAUGGGCGAUAAUGAAGAGAAGUAUGAGCUAGUCAAUAUUAUUAAUGACUUGAUAGGGGGAUACACUAAGAAAUAUAAUACUCAUGAAACAUUCUUACCAGGAAUUGACAAACUAUACGAGCUACUGAGGUUACUCCUAAUUCCUAUUUCUGAUUUAAUUCCAUCUAUAAAAUACAAUUUUGAAGACCCCGAAGACAUGCCAAUGGUGAAACUAGAUGACACAGAUUUGAGACUUUUGAGGCAUACUUUUACUGUGCUGGAAAACAAUGUGAGUAAGUUUGACGAAAUGUUCAAGGAGGAUCUCUAUGCAUGCAUGCUUUACAUAAUGGGCAGAAUCUAUGAGGACAAGAAUAGAGAUAUUGUUGUUCCGCUGGUACUUCCUUUUUUGAAAUCGAUUACGGCAGAUUUAAAAACAAUGAAGCACUGUAUGAAUAUGAUGAAGGUUUUUUAUGAAGCGGUAAAAGCCCCCUUAUUUGAUAAGAUAAAUGGAGAAAACGAGUUGACGACACUUCUGAUACUAUUAACCAAUGGAUUUGUUGACUUCUCUUCACAGGAUUUGGAAAGAAUUGUAAACGUAUGUGUUGUUGGUAUUUUUACCUUAAAAACGAAUGCGAUUGCAACUGAAGGAUUGAGGAAUGUAGUUAUGAAUAUUAAUAAGAAUCCGAUUUGUGGGUUUUUGUUCAAGAAAGUUCUGAAGAAUGUAGAGGGAAGAAUAAAUGCUGAUACUACAAUAGAGAUAUGCAGAAGUAUAAUGUCAGUCGUUAUGACCUUCGCGAAGAAAGUGAAAGCCGAAAAUCCAGACAAAUCGAAACAAGCGUUCGCUCUAUGUUUGAAUUUGUCUUUGUUAUGUUGUGACAUAUCCUCCAGUGAUGCUGAUCAACUUGUUGUUGAUAGUGCGAUUGAACUAAUCAGCAUUGAUUCAAACGUGUUCAAAGAAGUACUGCAAAAUUUCGUGCCAGAGUCGCGGAAAACCAAGAUUGGACACAUUAUGGAGAAUAGUUCUCAAAUUAGCACUUUCAAUGGAAAAGGAUACGAGGAAGAACAUUUAACUUUGAAAAGUUUUAAGUAA